UUUUGAGGCUUUGAAAGUAGCUCUGCGUGUCUCUAAAAUCAAAAUACGCGUAAUGUAUGUUAGUUACCACGAACAAUCAUCCUUCAGUCCUCUUCUUGAUUUAAACACUCAUUUCUCUCUAACAACAAUAAUUCGUAUCACGGCUUUGAUUAUCUUCUGGGAAUUUUUAUCUCAUCAAUUUCUUGUCUGCGUGUGUAUAAUAUACACAUACACACAUAAUACUCAUCUUCAUCGAAAGCUAUCACGGUUUUGAUUUUUAUUGAAUGAAGUUGGGUAGUUAAACUUUAACUUGUCUUCUUCAAUCUUUGUUCAUUCACAAUUUCGAUUGAACUAACGAUUGUGUAGUGUAGGGUUCUUAACAACACAACACACACAACAAGGUUAAGUCUAUUCAAGUCUACCAAUCUGAAUGUUCACGCCCAUGUUCUACCAAUUGUUGCUUUCGAUUUCCCUAAAUCAUUGUUGUUUUUCAAUAAAUGGUUGUUUUCAAUUUCCCUAUAUCAAAGAUCGGUUUAUGUAGUAGUGUAGUAGGGUUCUUAAUAAAUGGUUGUUUUACAAUCAACCUGCACGGCCUGUGAUUUCUUUCAAGUUUCUUCACCUAAAAUCCAUGAAAUUACUAGUAUCCCCGAAGAAGAAAGGAAAUGGAGUUUCGCACUGAUUGGCUCUUGUUCCAGAAGAAGAAGAAAAAAGGUUGUGGGAAUGACUCUUUCGUCCAACAAUUCUCGCCCAAAAUGGAUUAUUCUUCGGGCAUGUAUGAUCCCAACCAAUUCCAAUUCCAGUUCCAGUCCCAGUUCCGGAAGUAGACAUAGUUUUAACAUAGAAUUCACCAAAAAUCCGGCUUCGGCUGCUGCAAGACAGGGCAUAAAAAGCUUCGUACUGAAGCGGAAGAUUUUAUCGGAUGAACUAGAUGAAGGAGAAGUGGGUGUUGCUUCUCAAGACUCCAUUCAAAUGGGUUCAAAUUUUACUAACUUCAGUGAAGACCCUAUUGUCGAUAAGCUGAGGACUCAGCUGGGUGUUAUACACCCUAUCCCCUCACCUCCCAUUAAUCGGAACAUUGUUGGCUUGUUUGUCUUCUUUUUCUUUGUUGGUGUUGUUUUCGAUAAACUAUGGACUUCCAGGAAGAGGAAUAGCAAACCGGGCAAUGGGAAUCGGCCUGGUAUUUGGCCACAGGUACCCACCAGUUUUUCUUUAUUCCUCGAGAAGGAUUUGCAGAGGAAAGAAUCAGUUGAAUGGGUGAAUAUGGUUUUGGGGAAGUUGUGGAAGGUUUACAAACCUGGGAUUGAGAAUUGGAUCAUUGGGUUGCUUCAGCCGGUCAUUGAUAAUCUUAAGAAACCUGACUAUGUACAAAGAGUUGAAAUUAAGCAGUUCUCGUUGGGUGAUGAACCAUUGUCAGUUAGGAACGUUGAGCGCAGAACUUCUCGCCGAGUCAAUGAUUUGCAAUACCAAAUAGGCCUCCGUUAUGCUGGUGGUGCUCGUAUGCUGUUAAUGCUAUCAUUGAAAUUUGGCAUUAUCCCUGUUGUCGUGCCAGUUGGUGUCCGAGAUUUUGACAUUGAUGGGGAACUUUGGGUCAAAUUGCGAUUGAUACCAUCAGAGCCUUGGGUGGGAGCUGUUUCAUGGGCUUUUGUUUCUCUUCCAAAGAUAAAAUUUGAACUGUCACCAUUUCGUUUGUUCAAUCUAAUGGCAAUUCCCGUCCUCUCAAUGUUUUUAACUAAACUUCUCACUGAAGAUUUGCCUCGGCUAUUUGUACGUCCAAAGAAGAUUGUUCUAGAUUUUCAGAAGGGGAAAGCAGUUGGUCCUGUUCCAAAUGUUUUCAAGUCAGGGGAAAUGCAAGGAAAUACAGAUUUUGCUGGAGAAUUAUCUGUUACUCUUGUAGAUGCUCAGAAGCUUUCUUAUGUUUUCUAUGGCAAAACUGAUCCCUAUGUUAUUCUCAGCCUGGGAGAUCAGAUUAUACGUAGUAAGAAGAACAGUCAAACCACUGUCAUUGGACCUCCUGGUGAGCCAAUUUGGAAUCAGGAUUUUCAUAUGCUAGUUGCAAACCCUAGAAAACAGAAGCUGUACAUUCAAGUGAAGGAUUCCCUUGGGUUCACAAAUUUGACUAUUGGUUCUGGAGAGGUUGAUCUGGGGUCUCUGCAAGAUACUGUACCAACAGAUAGGAUCGUGGUCUUGCGAGGCGGUUGGGGACUGCUUAGAAAGAAACCUUCUGGGGAAAUACUACUUCGACUGACAUAUAAAGCAUAUGUUGAGGAUGAAGAAGAUGAAAGGACCGAGCCAAAAUCUAUGGAUACAGAAGCUUCAGAAGAUGAGUUGUCUGAUACAGAUGAAUCAGAUGCUACUUAUGAGCAGCGUGAAAGGGAUUCCUCAAAUGGAACAGAAAAUGAAUCCUUUAUGGAUGUUCUAGCAGCAUUAAUUGUCAGUGAGGAAUUUCAAGGGAUUGUGGCCUCUGAAACAGGAAAUCCCAGAUCUGCUGAUGAUGUCAAAACCACAGCAACAACAACAUUAAGACCACGCGGUCUUAGUGCUGAAACCAUUCAGUCAUACCCUGACAGUGGUUCUGAAGGUUCUGGAGGAUCAGCUUUGUUUUGGCUUGCAGUGCUUACUAGUAUCUUGGUGCUCAUUGCUAUUAAUAUGGGUGGUUCAAGCUUUUUCAAUCCUUAAUAUAAUGUGACAGAGCUUCUAGAGAACUGGUAUUCAGUGCUUCUGUUUGAUCAAGCUGGCUGGCACCAUACUUAAUUAUUGAGGCGUACACAUCCUGUGGAUCCAAUUUUUCCUUGUAUCCACUAAUCUUCAAUUAUUUGAAUUUGUGGUUAUAAACAGAGGAAUGUUCUUUUGGCGGCAGAAAGUUUUGGCCUUUUUCUCCUCGAGCAGUAAUGGUAUGAAAUAUUGCUGAUAUGUUUUCAUUGUUAAUAUUCUAUAUCGUUAUACCAGUCAUUCUUAAAUUUUCUUUCUUCA